CAAGGCCACCCUGUUCCCAGGAGACCGCGACGCCCGCGGGCCGGGAGAAAGCGAGUUGCGGCGGGCAGUCGCUCGGGAGCAUGGCGCAGCCGCACAAGUCGCCCGCGCCCCAGAGGAGGUCCUCCGAGGACCAGCCGCGAGACGCAGGCGCGGCGGCGCAGGACCUGAGGCACCUCAGAGAGUGGCUCGGCAAGCAGCCGCACCUGCCCGCGGUGGACGAUGACGUCUGGUUGGAGAGGUUCCUGUACGGCUGCAAGAACAGGCUGUCCCGAUGCAAGGAAGUCCUGGACAUGUACUUCACCGUGCGGGGUGCGGUGCCCGAGUUCUUCAAGAACAGAGACCCUGCUGGAGAAGACAUACGUUUGAAUACGGAAACAAUCACCGGGACUGCGUCCGGCCACUGUCUCGGGGCAGAGCGGAGCCAGACUCCGGCCUGGCCUCGGGCCACAGCUGGUCGCUGGGAAGCCCGCGCGGGAGACGAGUUUGCUCGGACUCGCACUCGCUGGUGCAGGCUAACUCAAUACCGGCUCUGCAGUUCCAGGAGUUGGUGGAAGUGUCCAGAAGAGGACUGGCUGGCGAGAGCUGGCCUCGAGCGGCGCGUGUCCCGGAGUGUAAGCUCGGCCGGGCGGCCUCGCGCCGCUCUUAUAGCCGCGGCGGGCGCGCGCGGGCCGCAGUCAGCUGCAGCCAUGCCGCAGGGAGGAGCCUCGCUGCUGCAGCCGCCGUCGCCCGCCACGCAGCGGCGCAUGCGCGACAAGCUGGCCGAGGACCCGGCCGCCACGCGGCAGCACGUGGCGCACCUCCAGGAGUGGCUGCGGCAGCAGCCCCACCUGCCGGACGAGGAGGAUGAGGCAUUCCUGGAACACUUCCUGUACGGCUGCAAGAACAGGCUGUCCCGAUGCAAGGAAGUCCUGGACAUGUACUACACCGUGCGGGGUGCGGUGCCCGAGUUCUUCAAGAACAGAGAUGCAACCUCCAAGAGUUUUCAAGAAUGCUGUGAAGUCGUACAAUUUUUGGUACUACCGCGCAUGACCCCUGAGGGCUACAGGGUGGUCUUUAUGAAGAUGCGAGAGCUGGACCCGGCGAGGUUUGAAGUAGAAGAGUCCAUCAAGAGAGCCUUCAUGGGCUUCGACCUGCGCCUGCGCGCUGAGAAAGUUCUGGGAGACGUGCAUGUGUACGACGCUACGGGCAUCACCUGGGCCCACCUCAUGAAGUUCACACCCACCAUCCUCAAGAAGCUCAUAGUCUGCAUCCAGGAUGCUUUGCCUAUUCGCAUCAAAGCAAUGCACUUCGUCAACGCGCCAGUAUUUAUGGACAAGUUUAUUGCUUUCCUAAAGCCUUUCUUCAAACCCAAGCUAAGGAAAAGGUUGUUCGUGCACUCGCAGGGGGUCGAGGCGCUUCACGAGUUCUACCCGGCGAAACUGUUCCCGGCGGAGUUCGGCGGGACUGCGCCCGGAGCCCAGGAGCUCAGCGGUACGUUACCACCACAUUAGGGAACACAAUACUUGGUUUAGUUUGGGCUUUUACCCACCGUUCUUUACGACAGAGCAGUCUGCAAAAAAAAUCAAUCUCACGAACCUAAUUAUAUGCCUGCACUUUAAUUAAGUGAGCAGAGUGUCUAAACUUUCCUAGAUCAUCCUGGGUCCUAUCAUUAAUUUUUGGAGAGGAUUUAUAAAA